AGCUUGGUGCGCUUUUCUAUGGUGCAAAAAAUACAGAGUUUAAUGAUGGAUGCUACGGGCAGGAAAACUGAUAGUCAAGUCAUAAAGUCGAAACUUAGCGAAAUGACAAAAGACUUAGAGAAUUUGGAGUUAGAAUACCAAGUAAUGAAGGAGGAAAAUGUCAAACUUCAAGAGAAAUAAAAAGUGAUUUACUGGUCAGUUAAUGACAAUUAAAAUAUUACUUUGGAAAAAAUCAAAACCUUGAAUGAAUCUCAAACUAGCACUUUUGAAAGCAAUCUCAGAAAAAUGAAAGAACUUGAAGAUGAUGAAAGAAAUGAAAGUGUGGCCCUAAAAAACAAUGACCGUGCAUUAACAAAUGAAAUUAAUGUUCUCAAAGAAAAAAUGAAUGAAAUGAAUGUGACAAUACAUUGCAGUGUGGACUUUGUCGGGAGGGUGAAAAUAACAGAGGACAUAUUAAAAGACAUUCUGGUUCCUUACAAUGAAACACAGGAGGAUGCUGACGUUGUGAAUGAACUGAAAUUGGUAUCGUCAAAAGUUCUUUCAAAGAAUUGCUGGGAAAUUUUACGGAAAUUCCCGAAUAGGUUUCGAAGAGAUGGAUUAUACACAGUAUUCAUUGCCUUCGAAGAAAAGCUUGUUUACUGUGACAUGAGUACAGAUGGAGGAGGGUGGACGACCAUACAAAGAAGACAGGACGGGUCUACAGACUUUUACAGGACGUGGUCAGAAUAUAAACAAGGAUUUGGGGAUCCAUCUAAAAACUACUGGAUUGGAAAUGACGCUAUCUAUGAGUUGACAAAGAACAAGGACCAGGAACUCCGGGUUGAGUUACAAAGAUUUAAUGGUGACAAAGCAUACGCUCAGUACUCCACAUUUUAUAUCGGGGAUGAAGGCAGUAAAUACAUACUCACUGCGUCGGGGAGUUCAGGAACGGCGGGUGACAGUUUGAAUUAUAGCAAUGGUGCCAAGUUUUUCACUAAAGAUCAGAACAACGCUCAGAAGUGUGCUACAGACUAUCACGGAGCCUGGUGGUAUAAGAACUGUCACCAUGCCAACCUGAACGGGCAGUACGCUAAGUCUGCUGUAACUGGUCACAAGUACGUUAUAUGGAGGACAUGGACAGGCCAAGAUGAAGCGCUUAAGAAGAUGUUGAUGAUGAUAAGACACAAAAACUGAGUCAGAA